GACGUAAACAUUUAAACAUUUAAUAAUAUAAUGCAAUCAUAACGACUGUUAGACAAUAUGAUUGUGUGAUUGAUUGGCCAUUGCAUUGACCGCAAUAGUUAUUGUCAUCAGCUUUUCUGUGUGUUUGCCAUUGUCUGAGUCAGAUAUCUGAAGAUUUUUUCGGGUGUGAAAAAAAUGCCGAAAAAGCGCUGUUAUUACGAGAUUAUGGGUCUCGCGAUGGACGCCACUGAUGAAGAUAUUAAGCGCGCGUACCGUCAGUUGGCUCUGAGUUUACAUCCCGACAAAAAUCCCGACAACCAAGAGAUGGCCAACAAUGAGUUCAAAGUGCUUCAAGAAGCCUAUGAAGUGUUGUCCGAUCCGCGCGAAAGAAAAUGGUAUGAUAAACAUAGAGAUGCCAUUCUUUGCGGUCAAGACAGAGACGAUAUUGUGGACAAAGAAGUAGAUGUCUAUCCCUAUUGUAGUUCAUUUUGUUACCAGUCCUUCAGCGACGACGCGAACGGCUUUUAUACUGUUUAUCGCAAUCUCUUUAAAACCAUUGCUGACGAAGAUUUGCCGUUCAGAGAUAGUGAUGACAAAGACUAUGAAGAAAUACCUGAAUUUGGAAACUCAAAGACUCCGUACAGUGAUGUCCACCAGUUUUACUCGUAUUGGAUGAGCUAUUGUACGGCAAAGACGUACUCGUAUUUUGAUAAAUACAAUAUAUUGGACGCACCUAACCGUCGAGUGGCACGACUUAUAGAGAAAGAAAACAAAAAGAUUAGAGACGCGGCCAGAAAAAAACGUAAUGAAGAGAUCAGAAGUUUGGUAGAGUAUGUACGCAAACGCGACAAACGAGUGGCCGAAAAUCGGCGAAAAUUAGAGGCCAAAGCAGAGGAAAAUAAGCGAAAGUCGGAAAUGAUUCGCAAACAGCAAAUAGAGGCCCGAAAUAAAGAGUUAGAGAACUAUCAGGAAUCUGAAUGGACUUCGAUGGCAGCUCUUGAAGAUAAUCUUAAAGAGAUUGAACAGCAUUUAGACGAUGAGCACAACAAGAAAAAGAAAUCAAAAAAGUCGAGAAAAUUGGUCGAUAAUACUGACACUAUUGAGGACAUGAAUGGUGAGAACGAAGAUGAAGACGACAAUGAAUACGAAGACAAUCUCUAUUGUAUUGCAUGCGAUAAAGCAUUCAAAUCCGACAAAGCAUUUGCAAAUCACGAGAACUCUAAGAAACAUAAGACUAAUAUUGCAUUUCUUAGACAACAACUUGAAUCCGAUGAUCAGUUAAUUGAUAAUUCCGGUGAUUCUUGACUUUAAAAUUAUAUUAUUAGAGUAUUAAAACA